AUGGCUACAAAUUAUCCAAGGACCGAAAUAACGGGAAUAGACAUUUCUCCCGUUCAGCCUCGCUGUAUUAAACCUAACAAUGUCACAUUCGUACUUGCGAAUCUUUUAACUGGGUUGACAUUUGAAGAUGAAACCUUUGACUACGUGUUUCAACGUUUGAUGUUUACCGCGAUUCCCCUAGAUUCCUGGCUGAACACCGUCAAAGAGUUGACUAGAGUUUUAAAGCCUGGCGGUUAUCUAGAGUUAUCAGAACUCGGUCCACCAUGUAGAACGGGCCCUGUCACAUGCAAAGUUUUUAAUGCUGUCAAUGAUUUUGUUGCAAAACAAAAUAUUGAUCACAAAGUGCUCUACAAGUUACGGUUGUUCGUUGAACAAACUGGUCAGUUUGAAGAUAUAUGUGAAGAGAAAAAUACACUAUCCUAUGGUGAGAAAAUGGGCAAAUUAGGUCAAGCGGCUAUAGAUAAUGCUAAGUUUGGAUUAAUUAAUGCAAGGCAAAUUGUUUUGCCAGCUCUGGGAGUAACUUCUGAGGAGUUUGAUGAAAUGUUAGACAUAGUGGCCAAAGAAUUAAGAGAAUUUGAUACAUAUCAUCAAAUCAUUCGUGUUUAUGCGCGCAAAAAAGAAAUUACUUGA